AGAUGGCGAUGCACCUGCCACAGCUGCGAUAAUCCGCGUUUUACCUGCGCAACAACGCGGAUUUUAACUCAUUAAACUCACUGCGAGUUACCCUGACGGUUUAGUUUAACGUGUACUAUCGUUUACGUUACCAGAAAUGUCCACGGAGGAGCUGUCAGCGUCGGACAGCGAGGCGACGACGGCCGGGGCUGGAGAGCGGUGGGCUCCGGUGGGCGCUGUGGCUUCCCCCGAGGAGGAGAGCCGAGGGCAGCCGGGGAACAGACGCUCCACCUCGGCUUCGGAGGAGGAGAUGACCGUGAGGAUGAGGAAGCUGGAGGAAGAGCAGGAGCUGUUGAACUCGUCUCUUCUCGCUUUGACGUCCCAUUUCGCUCAGGUGCAGUUUCGUUUGAAGCAGAUCGUGCAUGCCCAGAGCGAGGAGAAGGAGAGGAUGCUCGCGGACCUGGAGGAGUUCGCCUUCCGGGGAUGUCCGCACGUCGUCGGCUGCAGGCCCCAGGACGCCUCGCUGCUCCAGAACUCGACGGAGAGAGAGAAGAGGGAGCGACUGGAGGCUCAGAGGGAGAAACAGAAGGACCUGAUUUUUCAGCUGAAGACGCAGCUGGACGACCUGGAGCGGUUUGCCUAUCAGGAGGGCAGCUACGACUCCUUGCCCCAGUCUGUGGUCAUGGAGAGGCAGAAGGUGAUCAUAGACGAGCUGAUCAAGAAGCUGGACGUGAACUUGAACGAGGACAUCGGGAAUCUGAGCCCGGAGGAGCUGAGGCAGAGGGUGGACAUGGCCAUCGCUCAGAUCGUGAACCCGGCCAGAGUCAAAGAGCAGCUGGUCGAGCAGCUCAAGACGCAGAUACGAGACCUCGAGAUGUUCAUCAACUUCAUCCAAGAUGAAGUAGGAAACCCUCUUCUCUCUGGAGGAGCUCACUGUCAGCAGCCUCAAGGUGAAGGGACCAAGACUAAAGCUCCAGGAAUCAAGAAGAAAGUUGACCCAGAGCAGGCACAGAAGCUCAGAGAAACCGGUCUUCAGCUCAUCCAGCGAGCUUUGGCCGUCCUCCAGAUCUUUGCAGCGAGUCAGUUUGGCUGCGGCACGGGACACGUACCCCAAAACAUGUGGUCCCCCGACGCUACCGGCCAAGACUAUGGACCCCUUCUUCAGCGCCUCGAAACGGCUGUAGAUAAAGUAAGAAUUUUAGGUUCAAGACGACAACCUUCUUUCGAUCAUGUCGUUAACUACACCAGUAACGCCUCUUUGGGACCUAGAGACGAGCUGACAGCAGCCGUACGUAAAGAGUUAGCUAUAGCAUUGAAAGACUUGUUAGCGCACGGUUUGUGUUCGCCAUCGCAAACCGUCAGCUUGGUUUUAGCGCCAAUAUCGUGCCUACUUCCUUACCGGUCAACUCCUCGUGAUCUGCAUCCUUGGGAACUUUUUGUCAAAUACUACCACUCCAAAAACGGUAAGGCUUUUGUUGAAUCGCCAGCACGACAGCUAUCACAAUCUUUCAGUCUGCCAGUAGCGGGCGGUGCGGUGACGGUAACGCCAAAGCAGUCUCUUCUAUGGGCAAUUCACACCGUUUUGAACGAGCACGAUAGGUUCAAAAGAGGUCCAGAUACGGAGUUUAAAGCUUUAGUUUGUAUGGCACUGAACGAGCAGAGACUAGUUUCCUGGUUGAACUUGUUGUGUAAAUCCGGGACUCUCAUCCACCCACAUUAUCUAUCAUGGAGUUACAUGGCUCAGACUGGAUUUGAAGGAGCGCUGCGUAUUUUGGGACGAAUCAGCCAUCUUAAAUUCAACCUCCCCGUGGACCUCGCCGUGCGGCAACUCAAGAAUAUCAAGGAUGCUUUCUGAAAAUGUGUGUAAAUCUAAAAA